AAAAAUAUGAUUACUACACUCAAAAAGAAAAGAAAAAAAUCGGAAAUAAAGCUACACUUAAUAAAAAUAAUCUUACAGUAGUUACUGAACUAGGCACAAUGGAUAUUAUGGCUGCUGUUCGUCAGGAUCGAUUGAACUUAUUAUCUGGUUCAAGUGAAGGAAAAAUUCAUGCACGCUUAUAUGAUCUUAAGCCAGAUUCAACAUGUGAAUUUGUUCCUAUUAUAAGUAAAGAUCGUGUACAAUUCAUAUGUGAGUCUAAUUCAUUUCGUUUCAUUGCAUAUUUGGGUUCUGUAUUAGAGGAACAUCAUAGUACUUCUCGUUGGUUAGGAAAAAUACUAAAAUUAGGAGAUCUUCAAUAUGCAACAUAUUUUCAUUUUGUUGAAAAGUCCUGUGAAUUUGAACAAUCUAUUAAAGAAGCUGAAAAAAUUAUGCGGAUGAGAAAAA